AUGUGUCUAGCGCUGGUGCGUUAUCUGCGGCGAAAUCGACAUAUCGCUCUUACUGGGGACUCGAAAGCUGCGAGAAAGAUCCUGCUUCCGGCAUUUGAGCCGCUCCUAUGGUUACUGGGAUGCACCGUCGGCAUCUACACAGUUGGUGUGGCGUGUCUUAUGACUGUCAACUUGUCGGGAGCCAAAUACUACGAUCUUCUGCUGGAGAUCUUUUACAGCAUGCGAUUGUUUGCUUUCGGCCUCGUGGUGGUGUUCCUGCUGCAGAAGAGCGUAUCGGUUCCAGCUCUUCGUCGCGCGGUAUGGAUCACACUCGUUUUGGCUCUGUACACGUUGCCUGUAGAGAUCCUACUUGCAGAGUAUGUUGAGCCCAAUGAUCGGCAUCUCGCCUUCGCUGUGAUGUCUGCAGUCCGCUCGUUGAGCUUCCUCUUUUUUGGGUAUGUGUUCAUUCGACCUCCAGCUCGAGCGAGCAAAAGAACCUUACGCGAGUACUGUCUUUUCAUCGUCACGUACUCAGUCCUGCACUUCAGCAGCGAGUUGUUCUUCCACUUGGAAUCUAACAGCAUGGGUUUUGCACUGACUUACGCUACGGUAUUAUGGGCGAUUGCGUCACCCGUGGUCAUUUGGCGAGUGCUGAAAGCCGAUACGGAAUUCUGGCGUGGCCUGGGGCAGCGUGCUGUGGAGCUACAAAACCUAUUUCGUUAUCGAAACAGUAUCGAUGAACGGAUCUCGUCGCAAGGUCUGCACGUGUUGAUUGAAAUGCACCGUAAACUUAUCAUUGACUUUGCACAAUUAAAACUGGAAAACAAGAUCGGAACAGGAUCCAGCGCCGUUGUUUUUAAAGGAUACUUGGGAACGGCUACACCUGUGGCAGUCAAGGUGUAUACACCUCCGCUAUUUACUGAGGAAACAGUGGCGGAAUUCUCGCAGGAAGCGGCUCUCUGUGGGGCAUUGAAGCAUCCAAAUGUGGUCAAGUUCUAUGGGAUGUGUGUGUACCCGCCCACAAUUUGCUUAGUCUCGGAGCUGUGUCAAGGCACACUCGGUGACAUCGCACGUGCUGCUCGGACUCCACUCGGUAGGAAUGAGCCACGACAUCAAAAGCGGCAGCAGAUGCUGCUGAAUGUGUGCUGGAUGCUGGACGCUGCACGUGCGGUGUCAUACCUGCACAGUUUCUCGCCGCCAUUUCUUCAUCGCGAUAUCAAACCAGACAACUUCCUCGUCGAUGUGCAUGGGACUGUCAAGCUCACCGAUUUUGGGGAGUCUCGGAGUCUUGCUCGGUCUUAUAACAGGCUUUCUCUUCCAGAUCCCACAAUACCAAACAUCACAUCAGCGGGUGAGGCUUUUGCGAGUUCAUCAACUGCAUCCUUUCCAAAGAUGACCGUGAAAGGUACAGUAGACUAUAUGGCACCAGAGGUUAUCAACGGCAAGGCUGGCCUCGCCGAAUACGGAGAAGCUGCGGACAUUUACUCGCUUGCUAUGACAAUGUGGGAUGUACUUCACCCUGGCACCCCGAAAUUCCCAAAAUUGAAAAAUAAUCAUCUGCAGGUGUUUAUCUACGUCGUGGAGGGCAAGAGACCCGAGUUUGAAAACGAUCAACUUCAUCCAAGUAUUCGCCAUAUUAUCGAAGCAGCGUGGCAGCCUGAUGCUCGUGCCCGUCCCAGUGCUCAGGAUAUCGUUGAUGUUCUCGAAAGCGUCCAAGAGGAACUUUUAGCUGUCUUUGCGACAGAGCUGCUACCGGAAUUAAUCAACGACAUCAGUUCGUCUGCAUGCAAGACCCGUCAAGGUACUGCGGAUCUCUAUACUGGAGAACUCGUCGUUGCGCGUCUGCAAGAUAUGAAGUUCGUCCACAGCCCCUGUGAGGCUGUACGCCUUGGAAAUGCCUUCAUGGAUGCAGGUCUGUUACAUCACAAGAAACAUGCUUACGGGUUUGAAAAUACCGGUCUCACAUACUACUUCGAUGGUGACAAUCUCGCUCUAUGCCAACCACUGGAAAAGUCCAAAUCGCCGUCAGUAGCCAUUGAUAUUCACGACGAAAGAAGUCCAUUCGACGAUGAUCUGGAGCGACAAAAAGAAUUCUUCAACUUGUCUCCAAGCAGCCCGUGCCGACAGUCUUUUACGUUCUCGUUUUCGGAAGAUUACAGCAGUAUUCUCAAUAAUCCCACAGGAAAAGCAUCCACUAGUGCCAGUAUCAGUGGCAGGAACACCUAUAGCUGUCGUUGUCGGAAGCUGGCACAACGAAUCGAGACUGCUCGGGCCACGCACGGACACAAACUACGCUGGAAGUUUAAACCUGCCAUGACGAAUGAACACGUUCUCACCGCGAAACUCUUAGAUUCGAGUGAUGCUGCUGACACGCCAACAUCGUUCGAGAUUGGUAACACAUUGGACGAGUUCGACUUCGUCGGUAUGGACGUUCGAGCAGCGUAG